CUCAGUCUUACCUUCGAUUUUGAUAAACAUUCAGAAUGUGGUGUUGUGAGAGUUCUGCUUAGAUUGCUACCUCUCUCCUGGACAGUUCUGCUUGCAGCAAUAAGGAGCAUUAAGUUGUUUAAAAAAAAACAGCGUGAACUGUGGGAUGACCUUUCAUUUCUGAAUAGCUGCCUGAGAGGAGUGGCAAACAUGCGUCACUCUGGCUUUCCCUGUGUGUUGUUUGUAGAUGAAAUCUAUUGUGUUUAGCUGAUUGUUGAAGGUUGACUACCUCGUGUGUAGGGCAGUUUUUCAGCACUGCAAUGUGAGAUCAGGAAUGGAUACAUUUGGUGGAAACCCCAAAGCUAAUUCCUAUCCCAAUAUGGAAUUUGAACAGCCGUUUACAUUCGCCACUCUGAAGAAGCUGGCUACUCCCAGUCACACGGAUGUCACUUUGUCACCACAAGAGCGAGUGAGGGUCCUCACCAAAAUGGGCUGCAACAUUGAAAUCAAUGAGUUCAUUACUCCCCGCCGCUAUUUCAGAUCCGGAGUCGAGAUGGUCCAAAUGGCAGCUGUUUACCUGGAAGAAGGAAAUCUUGAAAAUGCUUUUGUCCUUUACAACAAGUUUAUAACUUUAUUUGUAGAGAAAUUACCAAAGCAUCGUGAUUACCGAACAUGUACUAUACCAGAAAAGCAGGAUAUUCUGAAAAAAUUGAAAGAAGUUGCAUUUCCAAGAGCAGAUGACUUGAAGACACAGCUUAUUGCCAAAUAUAGUGCAGAAUACCAAGAAUAUCUGUCUUCCCAGAGCAAAGCCAAAGACAGUGAUUCCGAAAGGCAGCAACAUAACAAAUUGAUUGAAGAAGAAAAAUUACGUGUGGCCAGGAUUCGGCAGCAGCAAUUGGAAGUGCAACAGUUUCAUUUCUUUGAAGAGCAGCUGAAGAGACAGGAUUUUCAGAAGGAGAGACAGAAAGAGCUGAAGCUGAGAAUGUCGGAACAGAGCGAUGGGGGAAGGUUAACCUGCACUGCAGCAGCAUGUGAACAGAACGAGCCUCCUGCGUCUGUAUGGCAAGCAGUGAAUGCUUCCAGCCACGUGUCAAGUGAUGCCCAGCCAGGAUGGUGUCCUCCAGUGGACAGGUCCCUAAAACCACAGAGCUCCUCUGCUCGGCAGAGUGUCGAUGGUCUUCAACAUAUUGUCCUUCCGAAAAACCUUUGCCAAAGAUUUUUGAUGCAGGCUGAGACUAAUACAGCGCGAGGAGUAGAAACCUGUGGAAUUCUCAGCGGAAAGCUGACACAUGAUAAGUUCAUAAUUACACAUGUGAUAAUACCCAAACAGUCUGGAGGACCAGAUUAUUGUGACACAGAGAAUGAAGAAGAACUGUUUACUAUUCAGGACCAGCAUGGCCUCAUCACUCUGGGCUGGAUCCAUACUCAUCCAACACAGACUGCAUUUCUGUCAAGUGUCGAUCUUCAUACUCACUGCUCUUACCAGCUGAUGCUGCCUGAGUCCAUUGCAAUUGUGUGUGCUCCUAAACACAAUGAAACUGGAGCCUUCCGCCUGACUGCUGCGGGGGUACAGGAAGUGUCCUCCUGCCGAAAGCAAGGCUUUCACCCACAUUCGAAGGAGCCACCUUUGUACCAAACUUGCAAACACAUCAUUGUAAAAGAUAUGAAUAUCAUCAUCAUGGACAUGAGGUGACAACGUGAGACUACUACAAUCCUGGAGUCUGUAUAAAUUAUUUAGAAUAAACAAUAUGUUGCUUUCAAGUUUUUAUUACCAGUUUCUGAGAACUGGAUUAUUUAACACAUUUUGUACAUUUAGGUGAAAUAAGGUGGUUAAUAUUUUGUUUUGAAAUGCACCAAGUAUUUCACACGUAUAAUGUUAUGUCCAAAAGUGUUUAUAAAAUUGACUCUGAAAUUCACGCUGAAGCUAAUAAAUGCUGUUCAUUUCUUUGCUAUGUUUGGAGCGUGCUUUUCCUGUUUUGGAUUUAAAAUUGCUACUUUGCAAAGUUAGUUCUCGUGGAAACGGUGUUUAGCAUCAUUACUAAUUUUUAGGUUGAUCCCUGUAAUGUUAUCAUUCAACCAUUCUCAUUAAAUUUAACUGUGUGUUUGAUUCCAUGUGGCCUGGGGAAUUGUACAAACUUUUUGUUGAGUUCGCUUUUACUGAAGCAAAGCUGCAG